AUGUCUCAAAUCUCUCCCGAACAAAGACGCAAUGAAAAUGAUGAGCUUGCCCAAAACACUUUCAGAUCGUCAGUUAAACAACGUAUUGGCUCAGUCAAUUUUAGUAAUUGGGGAAUUGUAAUUAUCACCCUUAUUGUAGGAAUUGUAGGAUAUGCCCUAAACACAGGUUCUUUAACUUUCUCUCAGUUUGUUCCUUGGCAUUUCCAUCUACUUAAUCCCGAUUACAAUCGGGCUGAAAUGCUAAAUCGUUCUUUUGUAUCAUCAAAAAGCAUGAUGAUGAAUAAGGAGCUUAUUUCAGUUCAAAAGGAAAUGUUCCAUGUCUUCAAUUCAACGCUUCACCUACUUCAUCAAUGUAAUAGUUUUUCUAAGUAUUUGUUUUUCGGAGAAAGUGGAAUAGGAAAAACAACUGUAAUGAAGGCUGUUUUGCACCAAUUUCAGCCAACUCCGUUUAUUUACAUAGAUCUGGAAGCGGAAUUGUCUUGGAAAGAUGUUGUUCAAGGUUUAGGAAUUUCUUCAUUGAACGAAAAUUAUUCUCUGAAUAACCUAGUGUACCAUACAUUGAUAAACUAUACUACAAUAUACAAAAAGGACCUUAUUCACAACUGUCCUAUUAUUAUUCUUGAUGCAGCAAAUAGAAAGCCUGACAUGACCAACAAAAUCAUUCAGUUUCUAAGAAAAGAGCCAAUGUCAACUGUUGCUUUAGUGGUUUUGUCUUCUGAUAGAGACCACCGCUUGAUAACAAAAGCAGGGGGUAGAGUUAAACGGAUAGAGCUAACUGAAGCAUCCAAAGCAUUUGGUGUAGAGUAUUUGAAAGAAGAUGAAAUUCCUAAUGAUUUGAUAGAAGGGAUAUUAGAAAUAACUGGCCAGAAAAUGAUGUACUUGCAAACAGCUAAGUCUCUCUAUAAGUUGCUCAGACAUUCAAACAACACUGAGAUGUUUUUCCAACAACUGAGGGAAGAAGUUUUUGAUGACAUUUUUGAUUUUUUUGUUGCACUCUCAUUGCCUUAUCAGCAUGCAAUAUUCGACUUGGGAACUCUAUUGAUUAAUAGUACAAAAGGUGCACUUGAAGAGAACGUUUGGUUAUCGUUUUUAGGCAAAAACCAUCCAAGUAUUGCUUCCUCUAACAAACGUAUCAACUUUUUAUUUAAUGCAAACCUGAUAAGAAAAACCAAACGUGUAAUCUACUUCCAAAAUGCAGCAACUGAAAACUACUUUAAAAAGAAUAUUCAACAGCUAUGUGAACACAUGGACGAGAGAGCCCCAGGUCAUGCAUGCAAAAAAAGUAUCCAACAUGCAAAAACAACUUCAUAA